CUCAGCGCGAGAAUAUCUGUCCACUUGUUGUGCUCCUAUUGAUCAACCAGGACGCGGCUACACUGGCAACCCGCAUUGAAGCGCACAUGGCUUGAUGACAUCAUGUCCAGAUAUCACUCCCCUCCUUUCCAAACACUCUCCUUCCUUCCUCUUUUCCUCUUCACCCUCUUCCCUCUCUCCCUUCUUUCUCCUCUUCUUUCUCAAGCUCCUCUCAGCUGGACCUCUCCUCAUGACCCCUGCUACCACCUGGAUGGGCGUCCACGCCACUGCCUAUCUGAAUUCAUCAAUACGGCCUACGGGGUGCCUGUGACGAUGGAGGACCUCCAGCAAGGACCCAAGACAAACAUCAGCACUUUAACAGACCUCCAUAACCCUCACAAUCUGACAUGCUGGACGGCUGCCGAAGGCUCAGGCGGUGGGGAUUGGACUUUAACAGUUCCCCUAGGCAGACGCUUUGAAAUCACUUACAUUAGUCUUCAGUUUUGCCAACAGGUGGAGUCGGUGGAAUCCUACUCUAUCUCCAUCUUGAAGUCAAUGGACUUUGGCCGGAGCUGGCGACCCCUACAGUUUUAUUCAAGUGACUGCAUGGGCACAUUCGGCCGUCCUGCGCAGUCCAUUGCUCUGACAAAGCACCAGGAGACGGAGCCGCUGUGUUCAGAUCCCAGACCACUGCAAAAGCAUCGUGGAAAUGUCGUGCUGGCCUUCUCGACUUUGGAUGGACGUCCUUCCUCGCCAGAUUUUGACUACAGUCCGGGGCUCCAAGAUUGGGUCACUGCAACGGACAUAAAGAUAAUAUUUCAUCAAUCACCGGACAAAACGAAAAGGCAAGACGAGAAACUGAAUGAAGUGGGAGGCACAUUUAGAUGGAGGGAAAGGGGAGACAAAGCUCUGAGGUUUGGCGAGAAAAACACUGGUGUUAAGACAUCAGAAAUUUGGAGAAACAAUCAAGAAAAACAGACUUCAACACAGAGAAUUAGAAACAAAAGCACUGUGCAUCAAAGUGGCCACAAUGUUACUCGAAAGGAGACGGGAUCUCAAGGUAGAAUGGGAAGGGGCCGUAAGAAGGACAGUUACAAGCCAUGCCAGGAUGGCACAUGUGAUUGGUCCCUAAAUAUCCCACAGCAGGGCUCCAAAGGGCGAGAGUUGAGGAGAAGAAGAAACAAUGCAGGGAGGGGGAAGCCCCAUUCUAAAACGAGAAAAAACGGCUCACGCAACCUUGUUCCAUCAUCUCUUUAUGCUCCACCGAAACCCUCUCUUGCCCUUUCCGACCUGCAAGUUGGGGGCAGGUGCAAGUGCAAUGGCCACGCCUCUCGCUGUCGUCGUGACAACCAGGGGCGUGCCGUGUGUCAAUGUGAGCAUCACACAUCUGGGCCAGACUGUGACGUGUGUGAGCAAUUUUUUUAUGAUCGCCCGUGGCAACGGGCCACGCCCAGCCAACCACACCCGUGCGUCCCAUGUGAAUGUAAUGGUCACUCUACUAAGUGUAGGUUCAGUAUGGCUGUUUAUCAGCAGUCUGGUCGAGUCAGUGGAGGCAUUUGUUUGAAGUGCCGGCACCACACAACAGGACGCCACUGCCAGUUCUGCCAAAACGGAUAUAUGCGAGACCACAGCAAACCGCUCAGCCACCGAAAGGCCUGCCAGCCAUGCCAGUGCCACCCCAUGGGUGCAGUGGGCCGUUGGUGUAACCAGUCCACAGGGCAGUGUUUGUGCAGAGAAGGAGUCACAGGACAGAGGUGUAACCGUUGCGCCCCAGGGUACAAGCAAGGCCAUUCCCCACUCCGGCCAUGUAUCCGUAUUCAGGAGGUUGCACCACCCACCCCAGUUUACCAGCCACAGUACAGCAUUGGCGAGGAAUGUGUUUCUUACUGUCCACCUUCCCAAGCAAGAGUCAAAAUGAAUUUAGAGACAUAUUGUCUCAAGGACUAUGUGCUGAAGGUGCAGGUCAAAAGUAAGGAACGUUCCGGCCCCUGGUGGCAGUUUUCCAUAUUGGUGCAGUCAGUUUUUCGUAUGGGCUCAUCACAGGUAAAGCGAGGCGUUCAGGCUCUCUGGGUUCCAGAUCGGGACCUGAGCUGCGGUUGCCCUGCACUUCAGAUGGGCCGGACCUUCCUCCUGAUCGGAGCGGAGGAAAGCGGCCGGAGUUGGGUCCCCGAGGAGAGGCGAUUAGUCGCAGACCGCACCACAAUGGCUUUGCAGUGGAGAGAACACUGGAGCCCCAAAUUAAGAGGCUUCCGCGGGCAGGACACCCGGGGAAAAUGCCUACAGGGAAACACCACUGCGCAGAAAUACUCUCACCAAAACUCAUAUGAAGAAUACACACCACCACAUCUUAACAAACUGCAGUCUGAGCCACACAGACCACAUAAACAUACACACACAGUGCAUAAGCAGCAUUUAACCACACAAUCUGGAGGAUCAGACCUCACACGCACACACAGAAAAGAAGGAACUCAGGACAUACAUGGAAAAGACAGAGAAACGCACCUUGAGGAGGACCGUAAGGCUGAAAACGUCACUCAGGAAACACAGCAUGUGUUGCAGCACACCCAGAAUCCUCUCUCAGGUACUUCAAAGACGAGUCAAGCCAAUGAGCAUGAGCAGUACCACCCGACAGCAUGUCCAACAUGGUCACCUGGGUCACCUGUCUAACAAAAUUAGAUACUGUGAGCAGGAAUAUGAAACAAAGUUGAAGAAAUAGUUUACCAAAAAAUGUAAAUUUGCUAAAAUAAAAUUGUACUUGCUCUCAGGACAUCCAUGAUGAAGAUGAGUUUAUUUCUUCAUUGGAACAGAUUUGGAGAAAUUUAGCAUUACUUGCUCACCAAUGGAUCCUUUGCAGUGAAUGGGUGCCGUCUGAAUGAAUGUCCACAUAGCUGAUAAAAACAUCACAGUAAUUCACAAGUUCACAAGACUCCAGUCCAUCAGUUAACAUCUUGUGAAGUGAAAAGGUGCAUGUUUGUAACUCUUCUUAUGAAGAAACAAACUUAUCUACAUCUUGGAUGGCCUAAGGGUGAAUAUCUUUUUAACCAAUUUUCAUUAAUGUUAAAUAUUCCUUUAAGAAAUAAGGCGGGCCUACGGUGGGCUUGAGCUCAGACAAAUACAUGAUGAGGGAUUUUUCGGUCUCAAAUCUGGACUGUUUCCUAUACAGAGCCACUCAGUCUAAUGAAUAUUCACUUGUCUGUGAGUAUCUGAGUAUUUUUGUUGAAAAAUGUUGUGUAAAAUAUAUUCAUCACCAGAUUACAGAGCCAUUUGUAUUAUUAUUAUUAUUAUUAUUAUUAUUAUUAUUAUUAUUUUCUUUCUUUUCUUUUCAGAUGAAACAUGCAGGUAUUUUUCAUGUCAAAUGCUCUGAUAAAGAAAUUUUGCACCUUCCCUCCAGGAAGAGAUGAGUCUAAUCCAAAUAUUAAAAGACUGAAAAUCGCAGUGUUUUACACAAGAUGUUAAAUGGCAUCCUGUUCAGUCCACAGUAUUUAGUCUGACAGUCAGACAUGUAAGACUCUUAUUGCUGAAUUGUAAGAGGCACAUUGUUUUCAGAUCAGCAGCUGACAAAUCUUAUCCAAGUCUGGUCUCCAUCACUGACAGACAUGUUAAGUGUGGCUAAAGAUUUUUUUAUUGUUUUUGUAAAGUUUUGUGCCUAGAAUAUAUAUAUAUAUAUAUAUAUAUAUAUAUAUAUAUAUAUAUAUAUAUAUAUAUAUAAAAAUCACAUUGGCAGUGAAUUGUAUACAACAGAUUUAUAAUAUGGUGCCGUUUUAAGUCUUACUUGUGAAUGUUUUAAAAAAUCAUAUAAUAUGUAAA